UGGCUGCGCCCAUGAAAUUAUUUCCAAAACAAUAUUGUUUAAUGUAUAUUCCCCUUGCUGGAUAAAGGAAUGUCUAUGAUGUAUAUUUUUCGAUUUGCUGAGAUGACAGCUUGUCGAAUGUGUAUGAAAAGAAAAAUCUUACUGCCAUGCACUAAAUUCAACAGUCGAAUUCUCAAAAGAAUUGAUACUUUCCCUAGAACAAACCAGCAAUCCAUGGGUUUUGCCAUACUUGGGAUACCUUUAAACACUCAUGAUAUAUCUAACAUCAAGUGCAAGACACAGAAACUAUCACUGAAUAAUGGCUUGCAUAUGGGUCAAGUUAAUCUUCUGAAAAACAAUUUUCAAUACCACUACAGAGAUUUGAUUCAGACAUUAUCAACCACAAGUGUUUAUAACCGAUCAUCAGAUACACCCAACACUCCUGACAAAGAUUCAUCAAAGGACAUUAAAGAUAUUAAAGAACAAAUUAUAAAUAUACCAAAUGUGUUAACCAUGUCCAGAAUAGUGGCAACACCAUUCCUGGGAUAUCUAGUCGUACAAGAAGCUUAUACUCCAGCGUUUUGUAUAUUUGUGGUUGCUGGAAUGACAGAUGUUUUAGAUGGCUAUAUUGCUAGGAAUUUUAAUCAGAUGACAGUUCUUGGAUCAGCUUUAGAUCCUCUUGCAGAUAAAUUACUGGUCAGUGUAUUGACUGUCACUCUGACAAUGUCCAGUUUAAUGCCAGUGCCUUUAGCAGCGGUGAUAUUAGGAAGAGAUAUUUUAUUAAUUCUUGCCUCAUUGUAUUUCCGUUACAUAUCUCUACCACCUCCGAAAACAUUUUCCAGGUUUUGUGAUGUUACUAAUGCUACAGUCAAAUUACAUCCUUCAAAUAUAAGCAAGCUAAAUACGUUUUUACAGUUGACAUUAAUAGCGUCAUCUUUAGCAGCUCCAGUGUUUGGGUUCAUGGAUCAUGCAGCACUACAGACUUUGUGGUAUUUGACAGGAACAACAACAAUUGCCUCAGGUGUUGGUUACUAUAGAAACAGACAUCAAAGUGUAGAAAUAUUGCAGGAUAAAAUGAAGCAUUGAUUAUGAUUUUAUGAUUUACUGAUAUAUGUGUGUUAAUGACACAAAAUAGACAAAGUGAAAGAACGAUUGUUUUCAUACCAGUCAAUUGGAGGUUAUUAAAUCACCAGAAAUGAUAUUUGUAGAUAAAAUUUUGCAGAUUUACAAAGUUAAAGUGAUGUAUGGUAUUACAUGAAAAGAAAUGCAACUGCAACUUAUCAAAGAACAUGGGAGUAGAGAAUUUCAGAGCUUAGAAAAAUGUGAUUGCAAAAAAUUAA